GACUAGGAGAUGGGGUACAGCAAUGGAUUGUAUCAAUGUUAUCUGAUGUUCAGUACUAAAUCAUUUAACGCUUCUUCGUAAAUUAUCUAAUGAAGAAGUUUUUGAUUAAUUUGCGCCAGUAGAGCGCAGAAUAUCAAUUCUUGCUCGUGCUUUUGUUUGUAAUUGUGUCCUGUAAGGUUAUAGAGAGACGUUGUAGUGUUGUGACAGCUUGUCUUUUGCUUUUAUAGUUAAGUUAGAACGCCCUACUGCAGCAAAAAACACAUUUUAGAGUGUUUGAAAUGGUUUUCACUACUGCUGGACGAGCAGAAAUACUGCGAGCAAGUCAGAAAGAUGAACUGGUGUCUGAAAAAAUGCGAUCACAGUUGGCAGAAGUGCUGCUAAGGACAUUGGGCAGUCAUUGGUUUCGUAAAUACAGUAAAUGGACUUCACUUGGUUCAAGAAACCUGUAUUACGCUUUAACUACAUUAAGUGGUUUUCAAACACUAGGAGAGGAGUACACUGGAAUUGUAAUGGUUGACCAGUCACUGAGAAAAGUUCCAAGCAAAUCUGAAAGAUUUGUGAUGAUUUCUGCACAAUGUGAAGGACUACUACUACUUACUUGGUUAAUGAAGAAAUUACGAGUGUACAUAGAUAAACUGCCAUCAACAAGUGAUGCUGAUGAGGAAGCAUGCCAGAAAGCAUCAAAACUGAUGCUAUUGGCUGAAAAGUGUUUACCAUUUUUUGAGAAGAUACAUACUACAUUGUUUUACUUAAAUGGCACAUACUUAGCAUUGUCUAAGCGUUUAACAGGGAUUCGAUAUGUUCUUCAUCACCACUGGAUCAAAGAUCACAGCACAGAUACCGUAUUCAAAGCAGUGUUAAUUUCAUCUGUUACAUACUUAUUACUUGCAUUGUAUCACGGAUAUAGAAAACUUUUACAUGAGUUUUCACAUUCAGUAGAAAAAACACAGUAUUCUACUAAUAUCCAAAGAAUUAAAGGACAUACUUGUUCAUUAUGCUUGGAAGAAUUAGCCAGUCCAUCAGCUACACCAUGUGGUCAUGUGUUUUGUUGGUCCUGUAUUUUGGAGUGGCUGAAAUCACAGGAACAGUGCCCUGUAUGCAAAGAUGGUGUAACUCCUAACAGAGUGAUAAUGCUACAGAAUUUUCCAUGAGCUAAAAUUUGAUUACUUCUUUAAUUAUUGAGGAUUGACAGUUUAUAAACAAUGCCAUCCAUAGUGAUUGUGAUGUGAUGAGAUUACAUAUGUUUCUAGUCCACUUCCUUCUGUACAUGGAAAAAGCUGUUCAUAAUUAAAAUUAAACAUCCAGUUUUUCAGUUCUUUGCUUCCUGGAAGUA